AUGGAGUUUUUUGGAAGCCCUUCAGCAUACAUAAAUUCUUUGUCCCCAUCGUCCGCUGCCCGGGAUCCCAGAGUACAGCUUCCCUCGACCACCGACCCUCCUGGGCCGAACAAUCCUCCCAAGCAGCUGGUAUGGCUUGUCUUUGGCGCAACAGGACACAUAGGCCGUUCCCUUGCAAAAGCCGCUCUCAUACACAACGAUCUGGUAGCCGCUGUCGGACGCACAUUCGAGGACAGCCAUGAGUCAAUGCAACGAAUGCAAUAUGAGAAUGAAAACUGUUUAGGGCUUUUAUGCGAUGUUCGAGUACGCGAGACAGUGAAAGAAGUCAUUGACAGGGCAAUUGCACACUUCGGCCGCGUAGACAUCAUCGCGAAUUGCUCUGGCUACGGAGUCAUUGGCGCUUGUGAGGAUCAAGACGAUUACGAUAUUCGCAACCAAUUCGAGACUAAUUUCAUGGGCACGCUUAAUAUUAUUCAUUUGUCCCUGCCAUAUUUUCGCGACAGAAGAGCUGGGAGAUAUUUGAUAUUUAGCUCUAUCUCGGGAGCUUUAGGUGUGCCUGGAUUGGGGCCUUACUGCGCGUCAAAAUACGCCGUGGAAGGGUUGGUAGAGAGUAUGCUAUAUGAAGUCAACAGCUUCAAUAUAAAAGUUAGCUUGAUUGAACCGGGACAUAUACGGCGCGAUGAUGACACCAAGUUAACACCCUCCACUUUCGAGAAUGCACCCGCUCAUUUGCCUGCGUACGGACACUUUUUCAUUAAACCUACAAGCGAGCCAUACCGGACAAACUCAUCUCCAGCAUCGCAUGCACGGCGCCUGCUACUAUGGAUUGGCGAUAAACAGCCUGGGAGCGCUGUCAAGGCUGCUGAGCUGGUAUGGCAGUUAGGGCACUGCUCAUUUCCCCCGUUGCGUCUACUACUGGGAUCCUAUGCAGUCGACAGCAUCCGCGACAGGUUGAGAUGUAUUACGGAGGAGAUUGAGGACUGGAAGUAUUUGAGCUUUCCACUAGCUGACCAGGGGUCUGCCGGUGAGCAUAACACAGACUCGAAGUCUGUGAAAAGUGAUGAAAAUGAGGAUGGCCCAGGGACAGGCUAG